AUGCUGGUUAUAAUGGAAAAUUGGAAUAGGAAACUACUUACAGCUGUUGGGGAUGGAGAUGUAAAAGAUGUGAAAAUAUGCCUAGAGAAUAAAGCAGACAUUGAUUAUCAAAAUGAUAAUGGAUGGACAGCAUUAAUGAGGGCUGCCAGUAGAGGAGAGCUGGAGGUCUGUAGACUCCUCAUUGAUAGAGGAUGUAAGAUCGACACCACAAAUGGUAGAGGAUGGACAGCAUUAAUGUGGGCUGCCAGGGUUGGACAACCGGAGGUCUGUAGACUCCUCAUUGAUACAGGAUGUAAGAUCGACACCACAGGAAGUAGUGGAGAGACAGCAUUAAUGAUGGCUGCCAGGGAUGGAUACCUGGAGAUCUGUAGACUCCUCAUUGAUACAGGAUGUAAGAUCGACAUCACAGAUAACCGUGGAUACACAGCUUUACAUUUCGCUGCUCAGGAGGGAUAUCUACAGAUCACAAGAUGUCUGGUAGAAAGAGGUGCCAGUCCCUUGGUUACAACACAUAAGGUAAUAUUUGAUAGUAUAUGCCCAGUGUUCAAUUAA